AUGUCGGCCGUCAAGAACCUCCGGGCCAUGUUCGAGCAAAAGGCCGAUUCGAGUCCCCCCGAUCGCGGAAGGUCUCCCGGUCUCUCUUCCAACGGCACCGAAACCCCUCCUCCUUCCGCCCGUCCCCUUUCCAAAAUCCGAACCAGCUUUGUGGCCAUCGAAAAGGACGGACGAAUGGGUCUUCGACGAGAUCCCAGCAACGAUUCGAGUGGUAGCUUGUCCCAGCGACGUCUCAGCAGCCACACCGAGGGUGAAGCAUCCGUAUCUGGCCUUUCGGAUAAGACCAUGGCCACCGAGGACACCUCCGGCGGCUACAAGACCAACAUCGUUGGCAGUCCCAUUCCUGAGUCCCCUCGUCGUCCAGACGCAGACAAGCCCAUAAAUGGGACUGUACUGCAAAACUUGGGGGCCUUGACCGACCACCCAAGCCACAACCCCGACAAGCAUGUCGAUAUUGAGACACCCACACCAGAGCUCCAACCUGGCGACCCGACAGAAAAGUCUCCCGAAAUCAUCACCAUUUCCAAUGGCGCAGCCCCAGCAAAGGCCCCCAAGACCUCGGCCCCCAAAGACUCUAUAAAGGCUGCCAAGAAGGUCCCUGCCAAGUUGGCACCUCCCGCUACAAUUACAAGGGCAAAGACGCCUACUAGAUCUCCCAUAACGGCAAAGGCACCAACUGCAGGAACUGCCAGCGCCAAGACUGCACCCAAGCCUCAGCAAGACACUUCCAAGAAGACAGCAACAACCACACCAAAGUCGGGUGUGAAGCCUGCCGGAUCGAACAAGAAGCCUGCUCCUGUCCAGGUCUCCCCUGGCGGCACAGGCUUUGUUAAGCCCAAAGUCAAGUCGCCUACAAAGCCCGUGAAGCUGCCUGCUUCCCUUAUGGCUCCAACUGCUGCGUCCGUCUCCAAGGUCAAGGAGGCCCCCCGUGAGACUCUCUCACGCGCCUCCGGCAACCAGGGCCGUCCAGCUAGCAGAGCCAGCGCGACUGGUGCCCCCAAGACUCUCAAGCGCCAAAGCUCCGUCAUCAACCGCGCCAGACCCAGCGUUGGACCGCCCCCAAAGAAGCCCCUUCAGGACCACCCCAUUACCAAGAAGGACAAAGAGGUUGAUGAGGGCUUUUUGGCACGCAUGAUGCGCCCCACGGCCAGCUCCAGCUCCAAGCUGACAGAGAAGGCCCCCGUUACCCCUCCCAGAAGCCGGAGCGCACGGCCCAGCAGUGGCAAGAAGUCUUCUGCCUCUAGGAGCCCCAAGAGGGCCCUUUCCAGACCUGCGGCAUCUCGCACUGGAAGCCCCUUCAUGAGGAAGGCAGAGGCUCCCAUCAAGCAGGUUGCGCCUGAGACCGCCAAGGUCGAGACGGCAGAGGCGGCUGCCGAGCUUGCCAAACAGGCUGAAGCCCCCCGAACCCCGGAGGCCAAGGCCCCGGUUACGCCGGAGCCUAUCGUUGAGGAGGCCGAUGCUAGCCCUUUGAAAGAGGCCGAGGUUCAGGUCCCCGCUGAGGAGACCGCGGCUGCGUCGCCUGAGCUUACGGCGGUUGUCGAGGAGCGCGCCGAGGGGCACGAGUUCGAUACCCUCGCUCAGCAGACUGAGGAGCUCUCGCUCAAGGACGGAGAGGCCGAGGAUCACGAGCUUAAGAGCCCUGAUGAGUUUGAAGAGCUAUUGGCCGACGAGAAGGAGGCGGCGGAGGACAAGGCGACAGCAGCGGCGGCGGCUCCCGCACCCACUCCCGGCGAUGCGGCCACAGAAGUUAAGCUUGAGACCGCAUAA